AUGGACUCCAGUCGUAAGCGAGCUUCAUUGGCAUGCAAUCAUUGUCGAAGGCGAAAACGACGCUGCAAUGGCGUGGUUCCCUCGUGCGGUCUGUGUGAUGAUUCCGGCGUCGAAUGUGUGUACAACGAAGCCGAGUCUUCAAGGCCGCGAGGGGAGACUUCCUCGUCCGAGUUCUUUCGACGUCUCGAUGCAGUUGAGACAUUUCUAUGGAAUAACCCCAGGUUCCCGCCAACACCCCAAACAGGAGAAACCAGAAAUGGAUUUUCGUUCCCCGUUGCACCCUCAGAGAAUGACAGGGUCGACUUCCAAUCAUCUAUGUUGAUCUCUUCCCCGUCACGACCACCACCGGCGGAUGUUUCUCAACUCAUUAGUGCGAAUUCACCUUUCAUGCCACCCGAACAUGAUAUUCCUCCCAUGAGUAUUCCAAUUGGACACACCACUACAACAGAAUAUAUGCUCCAUAUGAAUAAAGUGAAGACGCUCUUUGGCGAAUUUCCACCGGAUCUGUUCAUCCGCGCCGAAUCCAAACGGCAUAUGCCGCACAAAAUAUCCCUCGUUCCAGGAUCAAUUGCCACCGAUCAAUUGCCUGAUCUUGAUCAAGCGCAUAGCUACCCACUUGUUGAGGCCUAUUUCAAAUACGUCCACAUGGAAAUGCCAAUUCUCAACAAGGAUCAGUUUUUAGGCCUCUAUGAUCGCCAUGUCAGGUCGGGCUUGAGGGUUGACUGUGACUCGGCAUUAUGCCUCGCAGUGCUUGCGUUGGGCUCUGCUGCCCUCGAGCAGAUUGAUCCGACAAAAUCUACAUCACCAUACUGGGUACCUGGAGAAGACUAUAUUUCGCCGGCACUACAAAUUUUGAUGAACGAAUAUCUGCUGUCGUUUUGUCCGACAAUCACCCUUCCUCAAAGUUUGAUUUUGAUAUCAAAAUAUUUUGGAUUUCUUUUACGCCCUCUGCAAUCGUGGAAGCUGAUCCACAUGGCUUCUACUAGCAUCCAGUAUUUGAACAGCCGAAGCCAAGCUUCACCUGAUAAUUAUGAGCUCAAAUCCAGCAUAAUCCUCCUCUCCUGGGCAGCAUUCGACACCGAGUGCGAUUUGAUCGCCGAACACCACUUACCACGAAGUGGCAUUGAGCAUGUGAUAGAUCUUACCCCUUUCCCAAGCUUUACAGACCACCAAGCUCAAGAAACAAACCUUUUUCUCGCAGAGCUGUCCGUUCGUCGUCUCCUCAAUCGGGUGCAUCACACCAUGUACGCCAGUGACUGGACGAGGCGCAGCCUCGGUCUCCAGCCCGCUUCAAGUGAUAGUCCAUCUUAUGACUUUCAAUCACUCUCAAAUAUCCUGAGUGUAUCCCAAGAGCUUGACCGACAACUGGAUAACUGGUUUGAGCUAUUGCCACAAACAAUCAAGCCCGAUAUGAAUGAUCCAUCUCGGUUCACUGGUCUACGCGUCAACAUGCUCCACCGGUUUCACUCCGCCAAAGAUAUCAUUACGAGGCCAUUUCUUCUCUGUGCUCUUGAUUUAUCGCCAGAAACAGAGAUCCCACCUAUGAUACUCCAGCAGUGCGAAGCAAGCAUUGUAAACUGUCGCGCUUAUCUAGAGGCUUCAACGCGCAGACUGAUGUGUCCUACAUCUUGCGCAGAAAUCAUUAUUCAUACAAUGUUUUCUUCAAUCAUACUGCUAACUCUGAGUUCUGUCAGUCCCGCUUUGGCACAUCUUGCUCUAGACAUCGAUGACUUGCAGAAAAACACAAUUAGUACAAUUGAGAGAUUCGCGGUGGUCGGAUCCUCGAUUGAAGAGAUACAUGGCAUUGUUCUGCUACUACACAGCAAGACUCGAAUCUUGAGACGGGCAAUGAAUCAUUCAUAA